AUGCCCGCGCGGCGCGGCCCGCCGUCCCGCCGCCCUCGCCGGGCCCCGUCCCGCGGGGGCCGGGCGGAGGCGGCCUGGAGGGAGUUCGCCGCCUCCUUCGCCCGUGCCGGCAUGGUGCCGCCGGCCGAGGCGGGCCUGGCGGCCGUGGAGGCGGCGGAGGGCGCCGCCGUCCUCCUCUUGGCGCCGCGGCAGGCGCUGACCUUCACCGGCAAGUGCCGCCUGCGCUGCCUCUACGGCGCCGUCCGCCUCCUGGGCUUCGCCGUCGCCUCGCACCAGCCGGGGCUGCCGGUCUUCUCGCCGGCCACCCACUGCGCGCUCAGCCUGGAGGCGCUGCCCGCCGACCGACCGCCCGCCGCCGACCUCCGACAGCUCCGCGCCGCCGCCCGCGCCGCCAUGCGGGCCCACAGCGUCCGCCGCCAGGCGCGGGUGAAGGUGAUGGCGCGGUUCUCGCCGGAGUGCGCCGUGGUGCUGCUGGAGCACCUGGACACGCCGGUGACGCGGUUCCUGCUGAGCCACCCGCCGCUGUCGCGGCUCUUCGAGCCUCAGGUGAGACCCAGAGGGCGUCGUGAUGCCCGCUCCGAAGAAUCCAGCUUCACGCCAGAAGAUGCAGUUCUGGCAUCUGUUGGCAUCGUGAAGUGUAGCCCCGACCGUGGGCUGCUCGUGUCGGAGAGCAUGUUCGUGGCUCUGGAGGAGCUGAUCCAAGCAUGCUGUGCGGAAGAUGAAGGUGUCCCCGUCGUUCUGGUGUGUGGCCCAAAAAACACUGGGAAAUCGACAUUUAACAGAUACUUAAUUAAUCUGUUACUGAAUCGCCUUCCCUCUGUUGAAUAUAUGGAAUGUGACAUAGGUCAAACUGAAUUUACGCCGCCUGGAUGCGUGUCUUUAAGUAAUGUAACAGAGGCAAUUCUUGGUCCGCCGUUCACUCAUCAACAAACGCCACGUAAGAUGGUGUAUUACGGACAGACUAGUUGUGAGCAGGACACGGAAAGAUACCUCGAUGUUGUGAAGUAUGUGUUCAGCUCCUACAAGAAGGAAGUGCCUUUAGUCAUCAACACCAUGGGCUGGGUGAAAGGUGAGGGGUUGCUGCUUCUGAUUGAUAUCAUUCGGCUGUUGUCACCCAGUCACAUUGUUCAGAUGGAUGUGUACGACUGGAAAGCCAUGGCUCCGCUCACCCCAGAGUACGUUCAUCUCACUCCUGGCCUGUACACCAAAGGCAAACAGCAAGCCAAGUGCAAGCAAAUGGGUACGAGUGGAGCGGGGGGCUGGAAGUCCUCUGAAGGCGAGGGCGAUACGUCGGCUCCCGAGUAUAAGUUGCUGUACGUCCAUCCAGAAUUCCCUCGAGCAGGGGUUGCAGGUGAAGCGCGAGUACAUAGCGGCAUCUUGCGCGACAUGUCCAUACUGGGUUACCUGGGUCAGCUCCAGUCCCCAGACGUAGGGGCGGUGCUCCCGCUGCACAGUCUUGUGCCAUAUCAGGUACCUUUCAGUGCUGUUGCACUCAGGGUUAUUCACACCGAUGUUGCUCCGACCAACAUCAUGUACGCGGUGAACGCCAGCUGGGUCGGGCUCUGCAGGAUACCGGAUGAAAUCAGAUGCCAAAGCGACGGGCCGGUCUUGCUGACACAGACACCGGUCUGUGAUUGCCUCGGCUUCGGAAUUGUCCGAGGGGUUGAGAUGGAGAGGAAGCUUUACCACGUUCUGACACCGGUGCCUCCGGAGAACCUGAGACUGGUGAAUUGUCUGCUCCUUGGAAAUAUUGCAAUCCCAAACUGCGUUCUUGUGGGCCAGCAAGGAGUUGAGGGAGAGAUCCCCUAUGUCACGUCCGAUUAUAACUACAGCAUCUUGGGGUCUGGGAAGCUGAAAAAGAAGAAGCAUUUCAAGAGGAGGGAGUACGUGUUUGAGUGUGAUUACGCCUAAAGCCUUGGGGCCUUGGGCCACGGGAUGUGUUUUGUACGGAGGCGGGCAAGAGCCCGGUGUGGUCGCUGAAGCCCUGGGUGCUGCGGAGCUCCGAGAGACUCUGGGCAGGUGUCCGGUGUAGAUACUACAGCAUGUCCGUUUUUGAUAAUGUUUUAUAUUUUCAGUUUGUAUUUUGGUGUUUUGUAAUAAAUAGCUAUCAAAAACA